GCCGCUUGUGGUAGCGGGAGGGAAACUUAUGAAGGUAGAUUUGAGGAGGAGGAAACUUUUUUAUUGAAAGACAAAAUGGACGAGCACAGUCCGAGUCCCCAGGUGGUGGACCGACUGCAUUUAAAUCUCAAAGAAAAGACAUGCAUCCAAGACAAAUCUGUCUUGAAACUUCUCUAUCUUUAAUCUCCGUCGAUUCCAGUAUUUCCUCGAAGCUGUUUCUGUGAACGCGGCUGAGCGGAGCAAAGGGCUGUGGCCACUAUUGCCAGAGAGAACAGAGGUGAUGGGGCUGUUACCGAAUAGACUCCAUUUACGUUCUGGCGAUGUUUCCUUGAAAUUUUCUACGGGAAACGCAGACGAGCUGCGACACUGGCUGGAGACGUUUCAUCGAGUUGUGGAAUGGCAGAAAGCUGAUUUACUGGUGAAAAGCACUAGACCUACAGAUACAGCAGUUUUGAAGAGUGGUGGAAGUAGUGGAGGCGAACAAAAUGUUUUUGAGGGUAGUACAACAAUAAAGUCUUCAACAAUGAAAACUACUAUCCAGAGUGCGCUUUGCCAUGGUAGUUGUACUACUGAAAGAACGCUUGCUGACAGGAGAGAGAGCCAGAAGAUAGCCUAUCUUGCACGUACGGUCUUUGCUCUUCUAGAAGCGGAUGCGCGUGCUCGCCGUCGGUGGGAACAUCGAGCGGCUCUGGCGUUGAAGGAAGUCUGGACCUUCGUGUGGCUUGUAGUCCUGAUUUUGAAUUUUUAUGGUUGUAGUACAAUGUACUUACUUAAUUUCGACGAGUUGAUUCACCAUGUUAAGUACUCACAGUAGCCUCAAGACACCCGCCGUAAGGGUAACGCACUGCGACAGCCUAUUGUCCACAAUCAAACUUAAACUCUAACUCUUUUUACUUUGCGAGUGGUUAUGGAAAACGCACUUGGGCCCGCGUUUAGUGUUGCCAUUAUACGCAAAAUGGUCAGCUUUUUUGCAGGGAAAAUUUUUCCGUGAGGAAAGUGGGGGUAGUGCAAGCUAUAAUGGUGGCCAUUCUAGUGGAUCUGCAACAGUGAUGAAGCACUUGCACUCGUCAUCAAGAAGAACGCACUCCCGCGCUAAACAUAACGAGUCUACAAAUGCUAGGAAGGCUACGCAUCAACUACACAGCAGAGACAGAGUAGAUGAUCAUGUGGAGUCUACGCCAAGGUUACAACAGGAUGAAGCGGAAGAACAUCAUACGACGAACAGCACUAGCACUACUAGUUUCAACACCUUGUUAGAGGGCCAACAUGGUGAUCAGGCCACUUCUGAUGGGCAGCCUACUCCAGAUCGAAUAGGAGACAACGCCGGAAAAGAACAAGCAACAGAGGACGCCAACUCAGGCUGUACAUGGAAAGAGACCGAGAAAAGGCUUGGGGAAUCGCUAGACAGAUUACUAGGACUCUAUUCGGUUCUGCAUGUAGAUCACUGUACGUCGGAUGCUGAGAAGACCACGCAGAGUGGCGAUAAAACGCAGACCUCGGAAGAUAUGGCGAAAAACGACGGUGAUGACAAGCCGGUUAGUACUGCUGCUGUUGCUGGGAAGAUGAUCCACCCUCAAUUUUUGGAAGUAACGCUUACAUCGGAUAGGAGCUUGCGCCUACGGAUCUUUCGCGACGAUUUGGAACAAGCAUCGAGUGAACACGCUAUUGAUUAAGAGGGUGUGCCUGUCCUAAAUUUCAAAGAAGUCAUUACCAGCAUGGAUGUAUUACUUCUUUCACCUGUAGUCCUAAAUUUCAAAUAAGAAGUCAUUACCAGAGUGGAUUACUUCUUUCUUAGAAAGGCCUUAGGCUUAUCCCAUGCAACAACUUCUUUCUUAGAAAGGCCUCUGCCUACUUGCUCCUCUAACACGUAUUAGAAAUUCCGCUUAGCACACUGGACACUACGGACGACUGCAGAACAAGUUCUGUGGAGCAUUCUGCGAACAAGUUUUUUAGAGCUCACGACUUCGUUCAUCCAGAUGUCGAAGCAGACUGCACGUGUCGUUUGUCGGAAAGCGGAGUUUUGAUUUUGCUCCAGCAACCUAUUUUAUGGAAAUUCAGAUCAUGUUUUUUUGUUCCUUCUAUUUUAUUGUAGGAUGUUGCUGUAGAUAGAAGAGUAAACAGAUGAUGAAAUAACGCAAAAGUAUCUAAAGCAGAUCCUCCGUCUUCUAUUUUUACACCUCCCCAGUUGUAGAUAUUCCUAGUAAGAUCGGAAACCGGCGUGUGCUGAUGUUUUUUGUCUAACAUAACGGGCUGAGGACUCCUGCAGCAACUGCGAGUCACCAGAAGUCCUCUACCGACACGUUUUCCAUCGACGUGAAGACGAGCUGUUGGUAGUGGAAACUACUGCCUACAAACCCGAAGACGCAUCCACCGGGACGCCGUUGUUUACAGUCUCAAGGAUCCUGGAGGAAGUUGUCGGGUUCUAG